UCCGCCUUGGGCCGGGCCUGCCCCGCCCCGGGGGGAAUGGCCGUGGCAAGAGCCAUUGAAAGGCCGUGACAGGAGUGGCCAAAAUCAAGGGCACAACAACAUCUGUAAGGGAACUCCAGGAUGCGGAUGAUGAGCGGGAGGCACUACUGGGUGCCGGUCACCCAGCGGCUCUUUGGCGGCCAGAUCGUGGGGCAGGCCCUGGUGGCUGCGGCGAAGGCUGUGAGUGAGGACGUCCACGUCCAUUCCUUGCACUGCUACUUUGUCAGAGCAGGGGACCCCACGGUGCCCGUCCUGUACCAGGUGGAGCGCACCCGGACGGGGAGGAGCUUCUCGGUGCGGUCGGUCAAGGCCAUCCAGCACGGGAUGCCCAUCCUCACCUGCCAGGCCUCCUUCCAGGCGGCGCAGCCCAGCCCCAUCCAGCACCAGUUCCACAUGCCGGAGGUGCCGCUCCCGGAGGAACUAUUGACCCAGGAGGAGCUCAUCCACAAGUACCUCCAGGACCCCAACCUCCUGGAGCGGUACCGGCAAGGGCUCACCAAGAUGCUGGCCCAAGAAGUCCCCAUUGAGAUGAAGCCGGUGAACCCGCCCGACUUCUACCACCGGGACCAGCAGGAGCCCAAGCAGCUCUUCUGGGUGCGGGCCAGGGGACACAUUGGGGAGUGCGACAUGAAGCUGCACUGCUGCGUGGCCGCCUACAUCUCGGACUACGCGUUCCUGGCCACGUCCCUGCUGCCGCACCGGCACCACCAGGUGGGCUUCCUGGCCUCCCUGGACCACUCCCUCUGGUUCCACGCUCCCUUCCGGGCCGACCACUGGAUGCUCUACGAGUGCGAGAGCCCCUGGGCCGGAGGAUGCCGGGGCCUGGUCCAGGGGCGGCUGUGGCGCAGCGACGGGGUGCUGGCGGCCACUUGCGCCCAGGAAGGAGUCAUCCGGGUGAAGGACCAGCCGGCCACCAGCAAGCUCUGACGGCCACGGCCUCCCACCAGGAGGGAGGGUCCUGCCCGACUCUCGUUGGCACGGGCAAAGCCUCCACCCUGGAUGCGGGGGCAGACGGACAGAGGAGAGAGAGACUCACGGACGGAAGGAAUGUAUUAUAAUAAUACUAAUUUAUGAUAAGAAGAAUAAAUCUUUAUUUGCACCCCA